GAGGACCGUGGCAGCUUCGAUGAGGAGCUCGCAAACAUGUCUCCUGACGAGCGCGUCGCCUACCUCAAGGAGUACGACGACUCCGACAAGCACGGCGAGCCCAAGACGGGCGGCCUGAUCGAGAAGCUGAUCGCACGCGGCAACAAGAGGACUGAAGAGCAGCUGGCACGCGAGCACGCUGAGAGGACUGCUGGGCAAACCAACAUCGGCAGUGCAGCCGCCACCGCUGGCCAAAACCCUGUCAUUCGAUAGAUGGCUACCAAAUCUCAUGACGAGCAAGAGCAAAGGCAUGAAGGAAUGAUCUGAGUGGAGAAUGAGCGAUCCAACGGUAUCAUGUAACCUCACCUUAACAACCGGUUGAACACCUACAAACUCCUCAUCAAUUGCCUAUUGUGAACACUCUUCUACAGCUUGCAUCGAGGACACUCCUUGAGAUCACUGCACCGAACCCAUAGCACCUAACAUGCUCCAGCAAUGCAUCCACAAGCGCCCUGAAUCUUUUCGUAUCAACCGCGCCAAACUCCAAAUACUUGCACAGCUGGUGCCACGCCUGGAUCGGUGUGACUUCGUU